GCAUACCAUCAAUGGAUCCCUGCGGUGCCUCAGUUGGCGUGGGAGCUUUGGCAUUUGGCACACCCUGGUCUGUUGGUCAGUCAGGUGGAAACCUUCAUUAGGCUCCAAAAGAGCAGUGAUCCACAGUCCGAAUACUCUUUUUCUGCUAAUAUCGACGUAAAGGGGACGGAUUCGACUGGACUUGCCAAUCAGCACUCUGGAUCCUCGGGACUCGCGAAUGUUCAUAUGAUUUCAGAUGCUUCUGAAGCCUUUAGAUCCCAACAGAACACCGCGUCGGUCGAGCAAAUACAGGCUACUGCUUGGGGCACUGACGAGAAGUCUACUAUGCCCACCACACCUGCUCACCUUGACACUUCAGUAGCCGCCACCACUAGGCCUGUAUUCAAAGACUCUUCUGACGCUUCCGUGUCGUCCGAUCAGUGUCCAGUCACCAACAACGAACAGGCCAGCCUCGACCUGCCCAGCCGCUUGGUCGCUUGCUUUGGUCUGGCCGAAGCAGAUCAUUCCGGUUACCUGUCUCUGGUGGCCAGCCUCCUUAAGCCAGCCAGGCGGCUUCGUGCCUAUUGUGCCAUAUUUGCUGCACUCCUCAAUAGCUAUUCAAGUCACCAUCCCGACUUUGCUAGUUGCAAGAGUAGGUGA